UUGGAACAAUAAAUAGAGCGAACAAGGCUUCUUCACCUCCACAUCUCUGGGAAGACGCAUGAAGAAGUUCUUGCUUCAACAGUGAUUGAACGGAACUCUUCUGCCAUCCUCCAGCACUAUAUAACAUUCCGGAUUUAUAACUUAACACGUACUUGAACUCUAAUAGCAACAUAGUCUAAGAAAUUGUAUUUUUGUACCGUUCAUUUUGAUAUAAAAGGAGAAAAUCUGCCAAAAUGGAGUCUCAGAUCCGUCAGAACUAUCACCGCGACAGCGAAGCUGCCAUCAACCGGAUGAUCAACAUGGAGAUGUUUGCCUCUUACACCUACACUUCGAUGGCUUUCUAUUUCUCCCGUGACGAUGUGGCUCUGCCUGGCUUCGCUCAUUUCUUCAAGGAGAACAGCGACGAGGAGCGCGAGCACGCCGACAAGCUGCUCUCCUUCCAGAACAAGAGAGGUGGACGCAUUUUCCUCCAGGACAUCAAGAAGCCAGAUCGUGAUGAGUGGGGCAAUGGCCUGGAGGCCAUGCAGUGUGCUCUGCAGCUGGAGAAGAAUGUGAACCAGGCCCUGCUGGACCUGCACAAGAUUGCCUCCGACAAGGUCGACCCCCAUCUGUGUGACUUCCUGGAGUCCCACUACCUGAAUGAGCAGGUGGAAGCCAUUAAGAAGCUGGGCGACCACGUCACCAACCUCACCAAGAUGGAUGCUGUCAACAACAAGAUGGCCGAGUACCUGUUUGACAAGCACACCCUGGGAGGGCAGAGCUAAACCACGUCCAGGCUACAGCCUCCAGCCUCAUACAAGGACUCCUGAAUGUUCUGCUCUAUUCUGCUGCCUUUGCAUCUAUAAGGAGGAGAAGGUGUUGAACUGGUACAGCGCAAUGCACAACAGCUAUAAUGUUGACAAGUUUGUAAAAAGAUCACAAGUUGUUGCUGAUGUUUUCUAAAUGUUGCCAGCUGUAGUAAUGGAUGUUAGUCUAUUCAGGUGCUUUGUCUUUGUGCUGUCUUACUGAGCAUUUCAAUACCUAAAACAAGGGUUUUCUUCACUAGGUGUAACUGGUCAUUUUCAAUCUGCACAGAAUCUGAAGAAUAAAACCUUUUUUGAGCUGGA